AAACCAAGGGUGUGCCUUAAAUUGGAGGAGAGAGGGGGAUCCAUUUCUCAUCCUCCUCCUUCCUCACCCCCCCUCCUCUUUCAGUCCAGACCUUUGCUGAACGUUUGGCUGGGAAAAGAAAUUCUCUCUCGCUCUCACUCUCUCCUCCCCACCCCCCUUGGUGGCCCAAAUCCCAUGUCAUUCUGCUCCAAGUGACUUCAUGUGAUGUCAGCUUUAAAUGUAAGAGACAGCGAUCUGACGCUCGCGAAGAUGCUGGCCAUCCAAAUCUGACAGCGCGGCCGCACCGCGGUGCUUGGAUGCGUCUCCUCGGCGGCGUCGGGCAAAGGGGGGAAAAAGAUCUAUUUUAUGGGCGAGAUCCGGCUGCUCAUCUUCAGUUCGGGUCUCCUUCCCUCCCCCUCCCGAGAUGGCCUCCUCGGCUCCGCUGGAGACGGUCAUGCCUCCCGCCUGCGUCCGCAACGGCGCGGCCAACCCGGCCAAGACGCUCGCCUUCUCCAUAGAGAGAAUCAUGGCCAAGAGCUCGGAACCGCACCAGCCGCAACAGCAGCACCACAAACCCGCCGCCGCCGCCGCCGCCGCCGCCUUCGAGGCGCGGCGCAGCGAGUCUCCGGGCAAGAAGCUGCUGAGCCUCUGCUCGCCCAUCCCGUGCGUGAUCGCGCCCAUGCAGCCUCUGCCCGGGUACGAGGCGCCCUCGCCCAAGGCGCUGCUCAACUACUCCGAGCUGUGGAAAAGUAGCUUGAGGAACUGCGGCUCGGCUCUGGCGGGCGGCGCAGCUUCGACGGCCGGCGGCUUCUGCAAAGGCGGCUGCGGCUUGUGCUGCAAGGGGGACCUCCACCACCACCACCACCACCACCACCACCAUCACAACAGCAGCAGCAGCACCCUGGGCCAGGCCUCCUUGCCCGCCACGACCCGCGUGAUCAAGCCGCAGGUGAUCAACCAGGCGCUGGCCAUGCCGGCCAACGGAUCUAGCCUCUACUACUUCAACUACCUGGAUUCCUCGCCAUACCACCCGUCGGAGAUCCUCCACGGGCAGCUCUUCACUUCCAGCCUGCUCCAUUCCCAAAGCCCCGCCGCCGCGGCAGCCGCAGCCGCUGCCGCAGCCGCAGCCGCCCUCUCGGCUCACCAGAAACUCUUCCUGUUGGAUAACGCCAAGCUGGCUUCCUUGGCCCCGUCGGAGAAGUUCCCCAACGCGCAAUACCCGCACAAGGAGCGCCUCCCCGGGCAGCUGGACCAAGUGAUGAAGGAGAACACGGGCCUGGCCGGGGAAAGGAACGGCGCCAAGGGACAUCACCACGGCAAACCGGGCGUCGGCGUCGGUAGCGGCGUCGCAGGUGCUGGUGGGGGCGGCGCGGCCGACGGGAAGCCCAAGAACUUUACCUGCGAGGUGUGCGGCAAGGUGUUCAACGCCCAUUAUAACCUCACCCGCCACAUGCCGGUGCACACUGGAGCCCGGCCCUUCGUGUGCAAAGUCUGCGGGAAGGGCUUCCGCCAAGCCAGCACUCUCUGCAGACACAAAAUCAUCCACACGCAGGAAAAACCCCACAAGUGCAACCAGUGCGGGAAAGCGUUCAACAGAAGUUCCACGUUAAAUACUCACAUUAGGAUCCACGCUGGCUACAAACCUUUUGUGUGUGAAUUUUGUGGCAAAGGAUUUCAUCAAAAAGGGAAUUAUAAAAACCACAAGCUGACCCAUAGCGGCGAGAAGCAGUACAAGUGCACCAUCUGCAACAAAGCUUUCCACCAGAUCUACAACCUGACCUUCCACAUGCACACGCACAACGACAAGAAGCCUUUCACCUGCGUCACCUGCGGCAAGGGCUUCUGCAGGAACUUUGACUUGAAGAAGCACGUGAGGAAACUGCACGACACCGUCGCUGCCGCCGCCGCCGCCGCCGCCGCCGCCGCGCCUUGCGGGAAAGAACUUCCUAGGAGCGUGCAAAGCUAA